AUGUCCGAUCAAGUAGGCUUCAGCUUUCAAGCUGACGUCGUGAACACGGCCUCUCUGGGACAUGUCUUGACUGGGCGACUGCUCAAGGCCCUCAGUGAUGGAGGUGUCGAUACGUAUGCCAUGUGGGCUGCUGUUCAGCUGGGAAAGCGUAUACCCGUCCAAGCUUCGCACCAGAGCUCGUUGUACGCCCACAUUAUGUCGAAGAAAACAUAUCAAUCAGUUCUGUCGAAGGCACUCAGCAUCGGCUGGGGCCACUCGGCACCGGUUGCAGAUCUGGCUCGCACAGUGGCUGGGACGAAUGCUAUCAUUCUGAUUGGUGCUCCCGGAACGGGAUGUCAAGCCUUUGCAGCCGCCCAGUGUCUAUCUGAGGUGAUGGCAAUUUACGGACUCGAGGCUGAUAUGCGGCCGAGCGUCGAUGUGCUCAAGGGUCUGGUUGACUACCUAGCUCCAUUCACCCAGAAUCUCGGCUUCUCAAAGGUUCUCCAGCACAUUACAAUCCUUGCAGAGAGAAUCAUCAGGCACGACAGCAGAAAACUUGGAGUUGAUAGCCACGAAAGAGUUCAUGAUCUUCUCAAACGACUGAAAGACAUGGGUGGCGCGACUUCCCUUGCUCGGGCUAUAAAACAACUUAUUCACUCGGCCCAGAAGGACCAAAGAGACUACAUGGCACUGAAGACACGUGGAUCUUGGCUGCCGGCCUUCGCCAGCUAUGUACUUGGCAUGUCUGUGGAGGUUCGACUCAAUCAAACAAUCGUUUGGGCCAGUGGAGGUGAUCAUGGGCACAUUCUGUUUCAACUUGAUGACGAGUCUAUCGUUCAUCCCACAAUCCAUCCUUUCGCAAAGGCCAAUGGGGUGAUUGCGCCGCCUGUGAAACAAGACUACGAAGAAGGAAGCAGCGGGUCAAGUUUGAAAGUUGACUAUCUCAUCGGAGAUGCCCUCGAGGCACAGUUCCUCAAAAGACCUGAAAUUGACGACGGCCUUGCCACAUCCAUUCGAAUUGGGAUUAAAAGCUUCUCAUUCUACCUCUCGAGGAGAAUGAAACUCAAUGAUAAGGGCUUGUACGCCAAUUUUGUCAACGGCCUUGUCGAUGGGGUGAGGGCGUUGAAGGACACCUUGAACAAAAUGGGUGUUUAUGUCGACUCUACCCAGCAAGUUGCUCCGAGCUGGCCGAAGCCUCUCGGAGGACCUGAGCACUCAUUUGGACAACAUGAGGAUGAGAUGGGGCUUUUUUUCCUUGACCACAAGGCUAUAGAAACACUAGUGGAUUCCUGCCCGGUGCAUCCAUUGCAACAGGGGCAGGUCAUUUUCGAAUCGGAUGCGAGGCAAGACUUUGAAGUCAUAAGCUUCCACAACUGUCCUUGCAUGCUAGUUGGGAAGCUGAUGUACGGCUUUGCAACCACGGCCCUGGCACUAAUGUUAUGCAAUUUCGACGCCGCCGAAUUAAGAGUACAGGAUGCAGUCAUUGCGGGAGAUUCUGAGAACGCUUUGAGCAAAUGGAUGACUGUUUGUCAUACUGACCUCCAAUACCACAUGGUGGAAAAGGAACACAGAGGGGUGAGCGUACAGGUGAAGAUUAGCGACAUAAUUCGUUACCUAGGGGAACUGAUUUGCUGUGAUUACAUGCCUUACUGGCUCCAUGGCGUCAUGCCUACGGGACCUGGAGCAGAUGAAAAGGAGAUUUUGGUUCUUUCAGGAAGGGGUUUCACCAUUAAUUACAAAUGCGUGAUGGAGAAUGAGUCUUUUGACGAUUCUGGCAGAAUCCUACGCAUUCAGUCCGGCCGGGCAUCAGUGGCUGGAGCUUUCCGCAACAUUGUCGUGGAAGGACCGUUCCGGUUUCCGGAUGGCGUUUCGGACGAAGUCUUGCAUGAUAUCAACGAGACUGCCGAUGUUGUCUCCUUGGCUGGGAGGACUACGCUGGAACCCAGUCACAGGCCACCGGAAACCGAAAUCAACAUGGAUGCCUUUGUCCAAGAGGAUGCCAUCUCAGUUCGGCUGAACUUAGCCGGAAAGACAUCCAGGUCUGUGGCAGCAUCUAUUACUCUAUGCGUGUAUCAGCUCAUGGCCUAUUGGGCUGUUCCCAAGUGCAGUCACGAGAAAGACGGGCCGUAUACGUUAGAACACGACCAGGAUGUGGUCGUAUGUGGUUUCCAUGUGGCUUUCUUACCCCGGCGAGACGCCGCGGAAGUGCUGGUGUAUGCUUUACGUAGGAAUACACUUCAACAGCUCCUGGUGUGUGGUCUGAUGCAAGAUCAGGUGAAUAGGUGGGCGCGCAAGGCAUCUUACAGUCGUUGGUUUCCUGGGCGAUGCGUUCUUCAAACUUCAGCUUGCCUCAAGUGCUGCAUUCGCUUGGCUCACCAACCACAUUAUCUUCCGUGUGUUGUGAUGGGCGGUUGA